AUGCCCUCCCCAAUGCGUAUGGCAGGGCUCCUCAGCCGGGCCACCCGAAAUAUGACCAUUGAAGCCGCCCCCGCCUCCUCAACACGCAUCGUCCCUUUCCUCCGAAACAACGCAUCCCAAUGCCGCGCCUACACCCAGCAGCGACCACGCUGCCAGCAAAGCAUGCGCAGCAUGAUCCCCGCCCAGAACGACUUCUCCACAUCGGCUUUCCGAGCUAAGGGCCCAACAAUGGGCCAGAUGCGCCAACGUCACACCACCGGUCCGUUCUCGUGGAAGGCUGCGCUACUCUUCGUCCUUACUGGUGCUGGUAUGAUGGUCUACUUCCGGGUUGAGAAGGCUCGUCUGGAGCGGAAGCGCAUGGCGGAGAUGAGUAAGGGUGUUGGGCGGCCGAAGGUUGGUGGUCCGUUUGUGUUGAAGGAUCUUGAUGGGAAGGAGUUUACGGAGGAGGAUUUGAAGGGCAAAUACAGCUUUGUCUACUUCGGCUUCACUCACUGCCCCGAUAUUUGCCCCGAUGAGCUGGACAAGAUGGCCGAGAUCAUCGAGAAGGUUAAGGCUUCCACCAAGGACGAGAAGCUCUUCAUGCCUGUCUUCAUUACCUGUGAUCCUGUCCGCGACACACCCGAGGUGCUGCGCGAGUACCUUAAGGAGUUCCAUCCCGGCAUCGUCGGUUUGACCGGUACCUACGAGCAGGUCAAGAACGUAUGCAAGCAGUACCGUGUGUACUUCAGCACACCCAAGGAUGUCAAGCCUGGCGAGGAUUACUUGGUUGACCACAGUAUCUACUUUUACCUGAUGGACCCCGACAAUGACUUCGUCGAGUGUAUCGGUCGCCAGGAUACCCCCGAGUCUGCUUCCAAAGUUAUCCUUGAACACAUCAAUGAUUGGAAGCGCGAGGGCAAGCCGCUCAAGACCGUAUAA